CUUGGCUUCUCCCCUGCCAUAGCCCGACGCGUCGGUCACAACCGGAGCCAAUCCCCAUCUCCUCCUCUCCCUCGCGGGGGAGAGAGAGAGGGGGGCGGAAUUCGAUUCCUGUUCCCCACCAUCAUGGGGCUGCUCAAGCAGCGAUCUUGGUCGCCGGACUCCGACCGGGAGGAGGCGUGGCUCCGCCGCCAGUCCAUCCAUCGCGGCCGCCGGGGCCGCCUCGCCCUCGCCCGCGCCCGAAGCGUCACCGACGAGGACCUCGACGAGCUGCGCGGCUGCAUCGACCUCGGAUUCGGGUUCGACGCCGACUUCCCCCUCGCCGACGCCCGCAGGCUCUCGGACACUCUCCCGGCCCUCGAUCUGUACUACACCGUCCACCGCGGCUCCGGAUCCCCGCCCUCCGAGUCCUCCUCAUCCGACGGAUCCGCCGCCUCGCCCGACUUGGGUAGCCCCGUCUCCUUCUUCUCCCCAGGCGACAGCCCGGAGGAGAGGAAGGCGAGAUUGAAGCAGUGGGCCCAAGUGGUUGCUUGCUCCUUGCGUCAACGUUGCUGAACUCACACCCUAAGUCAAGUCAACAAAGCAAAACACACAGAGAACAAAAGAAGAAAGAAUCCAUUCACAUCUCGAUUGAUCUUAUUGUAUGAAUGCGUGCCAAUGAUUCCUAACUCGAGGGCUCUCCCGUCCCUCUGCUUUCUUGCUCUCUCUUAUGCUGCAUAAUUGUAUCAGUCAAAAUAGUGUCCAGUAACUGCUAAACCUUAGUAGUGAAUGCUUGCUUCAUCAGUAGCUAUAAUUUGUUGCCUUCAAUUCUUUUGAUGUUUUCUUUAGGGAACUAUAAAUAGUAUAAUUUCUUGCUUCA